AUGGAGGACAUGGACGCUGCUCCAUGGGUGCUCAAUCCUAUUAGCAAUAGGUGUGAACAGCCUCUUGGUACAGCCUCCUCCGAACAGCAUGCUGUAGAAUUAAGCACACAAGGUGUUUGUGCUAAUGUCACUAAGGGCCUGAACAUAGCUCUGCUGCAACCGCAGACCUCCCAGGUUUCUCCAUGGCAGCCUAGUGGCCCUGUACCCGGCCCCUUUGCAUGGAACAAGGUUCAAAAUGUGCCCCUUGGCAAGAUGACACGUGAUCAGUUCAUUACUAUGGACGGAACUACCAUUGAACCCGAAAUCGACUCUGUCAAAGACAACAUUGCCAAGUUGGACAUGGCUAUUGUAGCCAAGCUCAUGGGAAGGCGUAUCUCCUUCCCCUUCUUGAUUAAGGAACUUAAGAGGCGAUGGUUUCACUUCGGUGAGUUCGAGGUUGUUACAAUAGACCCGAAUACUUUCAUUUGCAUCUUCCAAAGCCAUGAGACAAGGGAUGUCGUGCUUUCUAGUGGCCCUUGGAUUAUUGCGGGCAAUAUCAUUGGCAUGGACAGGUGGGACUCUACCUGCUCACCGAACUCUCUCCAUGGACUCCGGUCUUCAAUAUGGAUUCGGUUACCUCAGCUCCCGCUGAUCUAUUGGGACAUCAACAACAUCACCCGUAUUGCCAACUCACUUGGGGAGCCGUUAUGGAUGGACGCGCAUACGAGCAAGUGGGUGCGGUCAUCUUUCGCUCGCAUUUGUGUUAGGAUUGACCUAUCGCAAAAGCUCCUUCCGGGAGUGUGGAUCAAUGGCAUUCAUGGCAGAUUCUUUCAGCGCGUGGAGUAUGAAGGCCUCUCUAAAUUCUGUUUUGAUUGUGGGGCGAUUGUCCACCUUAGGAGCAGCUGCACGUCCAAAAACCAAGGUAGGGGGCUGUCCGAAACUAGUGGAAACGCUACAUAG